AUUUUAGGACGUAAAAUAAUAGACAUCAAGGAUUUGCACAAUUUCUGACAUUUCAAAAAUAAGAAAAACGACUCCGUUGAGAUUCUUGUAUAACAUAUGUCUAAUUUAUAAAUAACUAAAACACGGGAUGACGCACGAGAGUUCAAAAUGUAAACUAACAUGGCGGAAAGAGAGCAAGUUUCUUAAUUUUGUCAACUGACUUUUACUGAUUUUGAGGUCAUGGCAAACGAGGAUGCUGUCAGGGCCACAAACGACGAUGCAGCUCAGUGUAAACGUUUUGCUGUGGAACGUGGGUACUGGGAAGAUCCUUAUAUUUCUCUAUUAACAACAAAAGGCCAGGCAAGACAUGCACCCGAGAUCAACAGGGGUUACUAUGCCAGGGUGUCGGCUAUGCGAACAUGCAUUCAGAGGUUCAUAAAACUAACUGACUGCAAGUGUCAAAUUAUAAACUUAGGAGCAGGAUUUGAUACAACAUACUGGCUACUGAAAGAUCAGCAGUUGUCACCAAAGAAUUACGUCGAAGUCGAUUUUGCAAUGGUGACCUCUAGAAAGUGCCAUCAGAUCCGAAGGAAUGAGAUGUUGCUGAAGUCAAUUGCCGGAGAAGAUGGAGAGGUCAAGAUGAGUAAGACAGAAAUCCAUGCCACAGAUUACCACCUGGUGUCGGCUAACCUGCGUAGCCUGGAGGAAGUGAAAGGAAAGCUGACAGAGAGUGGCAUUGACACAGCCCUCCCCACCUUGUUUGUGACCGAGUGUGUCCUUGUCUACGUCGACACAGAGAGCACCAACAAAGUCCUCAAGUGGAUCGCAGACUCCUUCCCUGUGGCCCUUUUCCUUAACUAUGAACAGGUAAACAUGACCGAUCGUUUUGGCCAGGUCAUGAUAGAUAAUCUGAAGACGAGGGAUUGUGUUCUAAUGGGUGUGGAGGCGUGUACCAGCAUGGACUCGCAGAAACACAGGUUUACGAGCCAGGGCUGGCAGGGAGCUGACGGUAUGGACAUGAGUCAGAUUUACAAGUGCUUGCCAGACAUACACAGGAUUGAACAUAUAGAGUUUAUGGACGAGAAGGAACUCCUGGAUCAGUUGCUGAGUCAUUACUGUAUAGUAUGGGCAUGGAAGGACCCUCAUGACCUUGGUCUCUGUGAUAUGACCUUCACCUGACCUUGGCCUUUGUGACAUAACAUUGGCCUCUGUGACAUGACCUUUGCUUGAAGGACAGUGCACCAAAAAAGUUUUAACAAGUGCUCAAAACCUUUCAUGGACAUUUCCACUGUAUAUGUGAAGUACAUGUAUGUUUAUGUAAGGUUAUUUCUAACAUAUCAAGAACAUGGUUCAAAUUUUUCAGUCGUUUUUUUUCAGACAUCAUGUGACCUGUUUAUAUAGGUGUUUAAUGUCUAAAUGGUUGUGAGCGGUUGGGAAAAUAAAAGGUCUGUGCCAUGGUAUCAAUGCUGUGACGAUCAAAUCUAGCAGAUCAACUUGGUUCCAUGCUUAUAAUCAGAAAACUAAAAAUUUAGACCAAAUUAGGAAUAAUGUUUGCAGUAAACAAUUUCCUUCUUUUUCGACUGAUUUCCAAAGAAAAUGUUUUUGUUUCAGCAGACAGGAAUGUCUCUAUGCAGUAGGUGGUCCCAAACUCUUAAGGCAUUUUUGGCUGAAGUUUGUCAGGCAUUGAGCAGUUCCUGCUGGUCUACCUUGUCAGGCAUUGCUCAGUUCUUGUGGUCUACUUUGUCAGGCAUUGAGCAGUUCCUGUGGUCUACUUUGUCAGGCAUUGACCUGUUCCUGUGGUCUACUUUGUCAGGCAUUGCUCAGUUCCUGUGGUCUACUUUGUCAGGCAUUGAGCAGUUCCUGUGGUCUACUUUGUCAGGCAUUGCUCAGUUCUUGUGGUCUACUUUGUCAGGCAUUGAGCAGUUCCUGUGGUCUACUUUGUCAGGCAUUGCUCAGUUCUUGUGGUCUACUUUGUCAGGCAUUGAGCAGUUCCUGUGGUCUACUUUGUCAGGCAUUGCUCAGUUCUUGUGGUCUACUUUGUCAGGCAUUGCUCAGUUCCUGUGGUCUACUUUGUCAGGCAUUGCUCAGUUCUUGUGGUCUACUUUGUCAGGCAUUGCUCAGUUCCUGCUUGUCUACUUUGUCAGGCAUUGAGCAGUUCCUGUGGUCUACUUUGUCAGGCAUUGACCUGUUCCUGUGGUCUACUUUGUCAGGCAUUGAGCAGUUCCUGUGGUCUACUUUGUCAGGCAUUGCUCAGUUCUUGUGGUCUACUUUGUCAGGCAUUGCUCAGUUCCUGUGGUCUACUUUGUCAGGCAUUGCUCAGUUCUUGUGGUCUACUUUGUCAGGCAUUGACCUGUUCCUGUGGUCUAAUUUGUCAGGCAUUGACCUGUUCCUGUGGUCUAAUUUGUCAGGCAUUGACCUGUUCCUGUGGUCUAAUUUGUCAGGCAUUGACCUGUUCCUGCUGGUCUACUUUGUCAGGCAUUGCUCAGUUCCUGUGGUCUAAUUUGUCAGGCAUUGACCUGUUCCUGUGGUCUACUUUGUCAGGCAUUGCUCAGUUCUUGUGGUCUACUUUGUCAGGCAUUGCUCAGUUCCUGCUUGUCUACUUUGUCAGGCAUUGACCUGUUCCUGUGGUCUACUUUGUCAAGCAUUGACCUGUUCCUGUGGUCUAAUUUGUCAGGCAUUGAGCUGUUCCAGUGGUUUACUUUUAUUGAUAUUUAAAAAAUGCAUGUGAUUACUAUUGGGCAAAUCAAAAUGAUAAAUGAAAGUGUCCAAGUUAGAAUUUUGAAAUUUUCAUUAGUACACAGCUUUUUAUAUCCCAGUGACUUUUUCCUAAAGUUAUAUACAUGGAAAUACAGAAAAUGUGUAUUUAAAAUCAAUGUGCAUAUGUAUGUAAUACAACUGGAAAAACACUAUGGGCCAGAUUUCUACUGUUGGUGUAAUUUUACAUUGAAAUAUUAAUAAUGUAUGUGUAUUGUUCAGUUGCUUCAACAAGAUAGUUGUGAAAAGAUUUUUUUUGUGAGUGUGUUUCUUAUACAGCAUUAAAAUGUGAAUUUCUUGUUCCAUCAGAAUUACAUUGCCCCAAUUAGUCACUUUACUUAUGCAUGUAGAUUUUACUUGAGAUAACUUUAAUUCACUAUUUCAAUAAUUGAUAAUUAUCAACGAUUAUAUCAUUAGGAUAUUUACAUCUAUAAAUCUGCAAAAUGGUUUCAACGUAAUUAUCUUCCAACAAAAAUAGUGAAAUUAAGAAAUGCUCAUUCAGUGAUUAAUAAUUAUUGAUAAAACCAAUAUUUGUGGUAGAUUCAAAAAUGCAAAAUGGGCCCUCACAAAUUUACACCAAAACCAAUCUUUCGCAUAUUAGAGCACUUUCGUAGAACAAAUCAUUAAAUAUCUGAUCGUUGUUUUCUCAAAGCCUGCCCUAGUUGUACAGCAAUGUAAUGACGUCAGUGUCAUUUAUUACCUGGAGUGGUGACUAACGAACACCCCCGAUCUACAGGUAUUAGUAUAUAGUGAUACGUCAGAAAUCUCGCUAAAAUCUAGUAAUAAAAGUUAAAAUCUACUUACAAAUUUAUCUAAAUGGUUACCUCCAGGAAAAAUUGUUAACUCAUUUGCCCCUGAAGACACAUUUGAACUCUUCCAAUUCAAAGGUUGGAAUAGCUCAAUAUGAAAUUUCAGGGGUGAAUGAGUUAAGUGAUUGGGAUGUCCCCGUCUUCAAAUUAUUUGUUCCCUUUUUGAGAGUAUUCAGCUCAUUAUGUUCCAGAUAUCACGAUUCUGUUUAUUGAGUUUUUUGGAAGAAGUGAAUGAGAGUGAACAUCCCCGGUUGGCUGUGACAUCUAUAACCUUCGUCAGUAUAUAAACCAGUGUGCUGACUGGCAUUGGUGUGACUCCCACCUACAUGAAGCUGCAGGAACCAUAUAGCUCACAGUCCAAUCUAUUCUUGUUUAAUUUGGACAUUUUGGCUUAUUGGACCGUUUGGUCCGAUUGUUUUAUUUGUAAAUUUUUAGUUCUUAAAUUUCAAAAUAAAACAAAAACCGAUAAGAUUUUGAGCCACGGUUCUCACAGAUAUAUCUCCAACAAUAAGGUGAAUUUUGUGUUGGACUGUACUGCUAAACAAGGUCUAUAAUGUUUUUCGGGGCACCCUUGAUGGAAGUAUUGUUUGUUCAUGUCGAUUCCUGUAUUAAAUACUUGUAUGUGAAAAAUAUAACGCAGUGGGAAAAUUCCUUAUGGAAGUCGUCACUGUUCUUUAAGAAAUAUAUAUAGGUUCACAUCAAUAUAAAUGUGUAAAUUUAUUUUUCACAUAAUGGUCCCCAAUGGUUGUAUUCAAAAAGAUUUUUCCUGCCUUUUUAAUGAUUUAUCAGGAAAAGGUCGAGAAUGUUAAUAGCAAUCUUCUGGAUUAAUGAAUUGUCUUUGGAAGGUUGUUUAGAUAUCAACAUUCUAGAUCACCCAAGCCCAGUUCCACCUUUGAUUUACUAUGAAGUAUAUGUAUGAUAUUAUAUUUCUUAUUUAUUCUAUUGUUUGAUGAAUUCCAUGUGUGCCAGAAAUAAAGAAUUAAAUCAACUGACACUUUUAUGUUGAU